AUGCAUUUGUCAGUCUCUUCCUCCGCCCACCUGUCGGCCAUGUCGCUGAAGGUGCAGACCAGCAACGUGACCAACAAGACUGAUCCAAAGUCCAUCAACUCCCGGGUGUUCAUCGGCAACCUGAACACUGCGGUGGUGAAGAAGUCGGACGUGGAGACCAUCUUCUCAAAGUAUGGCCGGGUGCUGGGCUGCUCUGUGCACAAGGGCUACGCCUUCAUCCAGUACGCCAGCGAGAGGCGCGCCCAGGGGGCCGUGAUGGGGGAGAACGGGAGGGUGCUGGCCGGACAGACGCUGGAUGUCAAUAUGGCUGGAGAACCAAAGCCGAGCAGACCCAAAAUCCUAAAGCGAUCAGCAUCUUCUCUCUACAGUGGCUAUGAGUUUGACUAUGAUUUCUGCAGAGAAGACUUCUAUGACAGGUUGUUUGAGUACCAUGGCCGCGUGUCUCCAGUCCCUCGGGUGGUGCCUGUGAAACGACCUCGAGUUGCAAUGCCUCUGGUACGACGGGUCAAAUCCCUGCCGGUCAAACUGCUGGCGCGUAACGCUGGAGUCCUCCCCACCAGCAACGGCAACAAACAGAAAUCAGGGAGAGGUGCAGAGCUUCAGGCGAUCAAGUCAGAGCUGACUCAGAUUAAAGGAAACAUCGAGGCUCUGCUGAGCAGACUGGAGCAGAUCACAGAAGACACACACAUCACCGCCACAGAGCUGAGGAAGGCCGAGGAGUGUACGAGCGAGGAGGCGUGGCAGGAAGAAGAGUCGAGCUCAGAGCUGGAGGAAGGAGAGGAGCACAGACAGAACAGUGAAGCUGAGGAGGAGGAGGAGGGAGAGCACACACAGAACAACACCCACAACCAC